CCUGCAGCGCUGAGUGCGGGCCGGGGCGGGAGUGCGGCGAGAGCUGGCCGUGCUGAGCGGAGCGCCUGCCCGGAAGGCUGCGGGGCGGCGCGGGAACCGGAGGCGAGGAGCCCGCGGGGCUGCGGCCGUGGGCCCGCGGCGGCCCUGCUCUGCGGAGGACCGCUCCCGCCGCCUCGCGCGCCGCGGAGCCCCGCACACAAUAGAGGCGUGCGCAACCCCGCGCCCUUCCCCCGCCCGCGCGCGCCCCUCGCCGCCGCCGCCGCCGCCGCAGCGGCCGAGCCUCCCGCCUCACCUGCGGCCCCGGGGGGCGGGCAUUGUUCGCCGCCGUAGCCGCGGGAUCAUGGGAGGCGCCGGACGCCCGGGGCCCGGCACCGUAAGAACCCCGCGCCGCCGCUGAGCCGGGCUCCGGCGCGCAGCUCCUCGGCGCAGGUGAGCCGGCCGCGCCAUGGUGGACUCGGUGGGCUUCGCCGAGGCUUGGAGAGCGCAGUUCCCGGACUCGGAGCCGCCGCGCAUGGAGCUGCGCUCGGUGGGUGACAUCGAGCAGGAGCUGGAGCGCUGCAAGGCCUCCAUUAGGCGCUUGGAGCAGGAGGUGAACCAGGAGCGCUUCCGCAUGAUCUACCUGCAGACGCUGCUGGCCAAGGAGAAGAAGAGCUACGAUCGGCAGCGCUGGGGCUUUCGCCGGGCAGCGCAGCCCCCGGACGGCGCCGCCGAGCCCCGAGCGUCCGCCCCGCGCCUGCCGCCCGCGCCCGCCGACGGCGCAGACCCGGCGCCCGUCGAGGAGUCGGAGGCGCGGCCGGACGGAGAAGGGUCACCGAGUAAGGGGCGACCGGCGACUGCCCGCAGGCCAGCGGCUGCUGCGCCGGCGGACCGGGACGACCGAGGGCCCCCCACCAGCGUGGCGGCGCUCAGAUCCAACUUCGAGAAGAUCCGCAAGGGACCUGCCCAGCCCGGCUCUGCCGACGCCGAGAAGCCCUUUUACGUGAACGUCGAGUUCCACCACGAGCGCGGCCUGGUGAAGGUCAACGACAAAGAGGUGUCCGACCGAAUCAGUUCUCUGGGCAGCCAGGCCAUGCAAAUGGAGCGCAAGAAGUCCCAGCAGAGCGCCGGGCAGGGCCUGGGGGAAGCACCCAGACCCCAUUACCGUGGGCGCUCCUCGGAGAGCAGCUGCGGCCUCGACGGUGACUAUGAGGAUGCAGAGUUGAAUCCCCGUUUCCUGAAGGACAACCUAAUCAAUGCCAAUGGCGGCAACAGGCCCCCUUGGCCGCCCCUGGAGUAUCAACCCUACCAGAGCAUCUACGUCGGGGGUAUGAUGGUGGAAGGGGAGGGCAAGAGCCCUCUCCUGCGAAGCCAGAGCACUUCAGAGCAGGAGAAGCGCCUCACCUGGCCCCGCAGGUCCUACUCGCCUCGGAGUUUUGAGGACAGCGGAGGUGGCUACACUCCGGACUGCAGCUCCAAUGAGAACCUCACCUCCAGUGAGGAGGACUUUUCCUCUGGCCAGUCCAGCCGCGUGUCACCAAGCCCCACCACCUACCGUAUGUUCCGGGACAAGAGUCGCUCACCCUCGCAGAAUUCACAACAGUCCUUUGACAGCAGCAGCCCUCCGACGCCACAGUGCCAGAAGCGGCACCGGCAGUGCCAGGUUGUGGUGUCUGAGGCUACCAUAGUAGGUGUUCGCAAGACCGGGCAGAUCUGGCCCAGUGAUGGGGACAGCACCUUUCAGGGGGAAGCAGAUUCCUCGUUUGGAACACCACCUGGAUAUGGCUGUGCUGCAGACCAGGCUGAGGAACAGCGCCGGCACCAGGACGGGCUGCCCUACAUCGAUGAUUCACCUUCCUCCUCGCCACACCUCAGCAGCAAAGGCAGGGGCAGCCCAGCCUCAGGCGCCCUGGAGCCCACCAAAGCGAGUGAGCUGGAUUUGGAAAAGGGCUUGGAGAUGAGGAAGUGGGUUUUGUCCGGAAUCCUGGCCAGCGAGGAGACAUACCUGAGCCAUCUGGAGGCCCUGCUGCUGCCCAUGAAGCCUCUGAAAGCCGCUGCCACCACGUCUCAGCCUGUGCUGACCAGCCAGCAGAUUGAGACCAUUUUCUUCAAAGUGCCUGAGCUCUACGAGAUCCACAAGGAGUUCUAUGACGGGCUCUUUCCCCGCGUACAACAGUGGAGCCACCAGCAGCGCGUGGGUGACCUCUUCCAGAAGCUGGCCAGCCAGCUGGGCGUGUACCGGGCCUUUGUGGAUAACUACGGAGUGGCCAUGGAAACUGCAGAGAAGUGCUGUCAGGCCAACGCUCAGUUUGCAGAAAUCUCUGAGAACCUGAGGGCCAGAAGCAACAAGGACGUCAAGGACUCAACUACCAAGAACUCUUUGGAAACUCUGCUCUACAAACCUGUGGACCGGGUGACGAGGAGCACACUAGUCCUUCACGACUUGCUAAAGCACACUCCAUCCAGCCAUCCCGACCAUUCCCUGCUGCAAGAUGCCCUCCGCAUCUCUCAGAACUUCCUGUCCAGCAUCAACGAGGAGAUCACGCCCCGCCGGCAGUCCAUGACCGUGAAAAAAGGAGAGCACCGGCAGCUGCUGAAGGAUAGCUUCAUGGUGGAGCUGGUGGAGGGGGCCCGCAAGCUGCGUCACAUCUUCCUGUUCACUGACCUGCUCCUCUGCACCAAGCUGAAGAAACAAAGUGGAGGCAAAACCCAGCAAUAUGACUGUAAAUGGUACAUUCCGCUCACGGACCUCAGCUUCCAGAUGGUGGACGAGUUGGAGGCACUACCCAACAUCCCUCUGGUGCCAGAUGAGGAACUGGAUGCCUUGAAGAUCAAAAUCUCCCAAAUCAAGAGCGACAUCCAACGAGAGAAGAGAGCAAACAAGGGCAGCAAGGUCAUGGAGAGGCUGAGGAAGAAGCUGUCAGAGCAGGAAUCGCUGCUGCUGUUGAUGUCCCCCAGCAUGGCCUUCAGGGUGCACAGUCGCAAUGGCAAGAGUUAUACAUUCCUUAUUUCCUCUGACUAUGAGCGAGCCGAGUGGAGAGAAAGCAUCCGGGAGCAGCAGAAGAAAUGUUUCAAAAGUUUCUCUCUGACAUCUGUGGAGCUACAGAUGCUGACCAACUCGUGUGUAAAACUUCAGACCGUUCACCACAUUCCACUGACCAUCAACAAAGAAGAUGAUGAGUCUCCCGGACUCUACGGCUUCCUGCAUGCCAUCGUACAUUCAGCCACCGGGUUUAAGCAGAGCUCAAAUCUGUACUGCACCCUGGAGGUGGAUUCCUUUGGCUAUUUUGUGAACAAAGCGAAGACUCGAGUCUACAGGGAUACCACUGAGCCGAACUGGAAUGAGGAGUUUGAGAUAGAGCUCGAAGGCUCCCAGACCCUGCGGAUACUAUGCUAUGAAAAGUGUUACAACAAAAUGAAGAUGGCGAAGGAGGAUGGCGAGAGCGCUGACAAGCUCAUGGGGAAAGGACAGGUCCAGCUGGACCCCCAAACCCUCCAGGACAGAGACUGGCAGCGGACUGUCAUCGACAUGAAUGGAAUCGAAGUGAAACUCUCGGUCAAGUUCACGAGCAGGGAGUUCAGCCUGAAGAGAAUGCCCUCCCGCAAACAGACGGGGGUCUUCGGUGUCAAAAUCGCUGUGGUCACAAAGAGAGAGAGGUCCAAGGUACCUUACAUUGUACGCCAGUGUGUGGAGGAGAUUGAGCGCCGGGGCAUGGAGGAAGUAGGCAUCUACCGAGUGUCCGGAGUGGCCACGGACAUCCAGGCCCUGAAGGCAGCCUUUGAUGUCAAUAACAAGGACGUGUCCGUGAUGAUGAGCGAGAUGGACGUGAACGCCAUUGCUGGCACGUUGAAGCUCUACUUCCGAGAGCUGCCCGAGCCCCUCUUCACGGAUGAGUUCUACCCUAACUUCGCAGAAGGCAUUGCUCUUUCAGACCCCGUCGCAAAGGAAAGCUGCAUGCUCAACCUGCUGCUGUCCCUCCCAGAAGCCAACCUCCUGACCUUCCUCUUCCUUCUGGACCACUUGAAAAGGGUAGCUGAAAAGGAGACGGUGAACAAGAUGUCCCUGCACAACCUCGCCACGGUCUUCGGCCCCACGCUGCUUCGGCCCUCGGAGAAGGAGAGCAAGCUCCCUGCUAACCCCAGCCAGCCCAUCACCAUGACUGACAGCUGGUCCCUAGAGGUCAUGUCCCAGGUCCAAGUAUUGCUGUAUUUCCUGCAGCUGGAGGCCAUCCCUGCCCCUGACAGCAAGAGACAGAGCAUCCUGUUUUCCACUGAAGUCUAAAAGCCUGGAGUCAGUCAUCUCAUUAAAGAGGCCUACAGAAUGACCCGGAAACCUGUGACAAGAGAACCCACCCACGGAGUUGGGAAUGAGACCCUUCUUGUGGUGUAACCUAGCCAUUCCGAAGCUCUGGGCCAUCUGCCAAGAGACAAGUACCCAAAGCAAAAGCCAAGGGGGCCUACAUGCACCCAGGUGUGGUCCGCAAGCCCCAGGCUGGCCCCAGACUGUACCUUUCCCUCGCUGCCACCAGAGGGCACCCCAAGCCAGCCCAUCUGCAAGCCGGACAAGGGAAGAGAGGCGGAGAAGAGUGGUUUUUAUGAAUCUUAAUUUAUCAGAGUUUUAAAAAAGAAAAAAAAAUCUCUCCUGGAUCAUUUGUUCCAAUGCAUCCUCUCUGGGGAAUAGGGACACCAUCAGAUCCCUUACUGUUGUGUCUUGAAUAAACACUGCUGCUGCUUCCUAAUGCGGGGGGCAUGGGGGGGGGGGGCACCAUAGCCAUGUCCCUCUGUGUAGGUGGGGACAUCUUCACUGUCCCUGCGUCAAAAAAUUCCGCUGUAGGCCUGACAGGGUCUGAGACGCCAAGUCAGCACUGUGGUGACGUCUUCGGCCCUUGCUAUUCACUUUGUCUUCCCAGAAGGAUGUCUGUCUGUGCAGAAGUAGGUCAGGUUCGCCAAGGAUGUCUGUCCGUGCAGAAGUAGGUCAGGUUCGCCGUCGCUUUCAGGAGUGUGCUCCUUCGCAGCCCAGAAGUGUCUGGGGACCGGACACAGGAGGGGAGACCCUGGUCCUCACGCACCUUACGGUUCCUUCUGUGGGGGAGGGUGGCCGCGUCUACUGAUCCUUACUGCCUGCCUGGUAUCGGCGCUCCCUUCUGUCUUAAAAAGGCUGUGAUUUCUCUGGCCUGCCUCUGACUGCUGUCUCCGUCCCUUGCUGCCCCACGUAAGAAAGAGAUCAGUCCCUUUCCUUGCUCCCGACGGAGCAGACUCUCUCGGUCCCCUUUCUUAGCCCCAUCGCUGUCCCGAAGCAGCAGCCUCCUCUAGUGGCUUGUUUUAAUACUUUGAUCAGAAAUAGCUUUUGAUACUUGAAUAUUUUUAAGUUUUAUACAUAGUUUCUAAUUUUUUUUUCCUAACGGAUUCAGACACCUAAUAAGAUCCUAGAAUGUACACCGUGGACGGGCCGGGUCCAGGCGAUAUUUCUGUCUUCCUUCGAGAGCCGGCUGCCUUUUUGUUCGGAGUCAUUCCUGACAUCUCUGGAACGUCAGAGAUAUGGAAGGACGGUUAGGAAAGUCAGGCCUGGGGAUAGGGGCAACCGCCCCAAAGCAGGCUGGAAGCUAACACGCCUGCUGCCCUCCCACCUUCCCUCCCUAUAGCUGGGUGGGAGCCAGGGUAGUCUCUUACUGGCCACCCUACUUAGCAAAAGAGAAAGGGGAAAACCACUGAUUGUUUCCAAGAAGGAAUUCCACAAGUCCUCCAAUCGUUUUUUUUAAAAGGGUAGAAUCCCGUCCUCCGGAGACAGUUGCCCUUGAGCUCAGGACCAGCCGUGUCAGCAUAGUGCUUAUCUAGGUAGCUAGGACUACCCAUUCGGGGCUGUCCUACGAGGGCCUUGGGGCAGACCAGGAGAGACGAGAAAGGCUGGCCCUAGACUUGAAUCCCGAGCUGUUACCGCAGGAAGGCAUUACUUAGGGGUGGAGUCUGCUUGUCACGUGAGGACUCCCGCACAUACUCCACGGCCCCUCCCAUGUCUGGAAGGUGGGCGUGCCCACCAAUAGCAGGCAUCCACCAACCCCAGGGCACAUGGGGAUCCUUGAGAGGCAGAGCCCUGAGUUCCCCUCCCGUCUGCUCUUUUUUUUUUUUUUUUUUUUUUUUUUUUUUUUUCCGGGGCUGGGGAUCGAACCCGGGACCUUGUGCUUCCUAGGCAAGUGCUCUACCACUGAGCCAAAUCCCCAACCCCUCCCGUCUGCUCUUGAACCUGCCUAAUUAAUGUAUUGGGCAGGAAGCAAAAGACCUUACAGGGUCUCUGUCUGCAUACAGUGUUUAGGUGGCCCUUUCUCUCUCUCUCUCUCUCUCUCUCUCUCUCUCUCUCUCUCUCUCUCUCUCUCUCUCUCUGCAGAGCCACCCAUUGGUCUACCCUUGAGCAUUUUUCGGACCCAGUGGGCUCCUCUAGUUUGGCUGCCCCACCCCAGUCCAUGCUGUGGCUCUGACCCUGUGAGAGGGUCACUGCUGAGAAAAGCCACCGUCAACCCCCGCUGUCAUUUCUGCAACCCACCCCCACCCCAUUGUCUCUCGAUUUUUGUCUGUCACCUUGAACUGGAAAGCAAUAUAUUAAUCAGUGUGCCAACGUGCAUUCCCUGGCCCGUCCCCUGCCUCCGUUCACUUUAUUUAUAUAGGUCAUGUGUUAUUUUGAUGAUGGAAUGAACAUUCUCGCGCUGUCCUAAGAAGUGUUCCUCCGCCGUCGCCCCACGGUGGCAGCGACUGGGGCUGCCUCUCUUACCCGACUCACACCUUGCAGGCCUCUAAACUGGCAAAGAAAACACGUGGUGAUGUUGUCCAGGAGUAGGGACAACUUUCCCCUCUGCAAAGAGAGUGAUGGCCCCAAGUCCUUUGUGACUGCCCACCAGGCAUGGCGGCCAGACUCUAAAGGAAGUACUUCUUACCUUGGAACCUGGAUCCUGGGCACAGUGGGCUUGGCUUUCCUGGUAGUAGCCUAGCCUCCACAGUGGGUGGAUGGUCUCUUAGCCGUGAUCCUGCUUUUGAGUUCAGCUGCCUGUAUUACUCUGUGCCGGAAGGACCACGGACACUUUCAUUAAAGUCUCCUGAGACUA